AAAAACAGUAUUGACUAGUAGGUAGAGCAUCAAGCAUGUGAGACCGAUCUGGUUGUACGGUGCACGGACAGAUGCUAGCUGUCACUUUACAUUAAAAUAUUCAGCUGGAGUGAAACACACCCCGUAGAAUAAUAUGGAUGGUGAAGCAGAGUACGCGGCUGCCACAGCCGGGGAUAGUGAGGCCAUUGUUGAUUGGGAGAAGCUAGCAGAUCUGGAGAUCAACUAUGAAGCUAUUCAUCACACUGUAACCAAGUAUAGAGAUUUUGCACACAGAGAAUUCAUAACUGAGAAGCUUGCAAACAAAGAACUAUUGUUCAAGUUGAACGGUGAUGAUGAAACUGCACUUCACCUUGCAGCCAAGAAGGGACACUUAGAAGUGUGUGAUGCCCUCAUUGCUGCAGCCAGAAUACUGGAUUCUCGAUCAGCUACUGAUAUUCAUCCCUCGCAUCCAAUAAGUUCAUGUUAUGAAUAUGUGUGGCAUCGUAAUCGACAUAAGGAGACUGCCUUACACCUAGCACUCACCAAUGCUCACCUGGAUACUGCUUGGGCAAUAAUAGGGGAGAGCAUUCCACGUAGUGGACGUGAUAUCAAAAACCAUCUCGGUGAAACUCCAGUCUACCUUGCCAUCAAAUUAGGCUACGAAGAUAUUAUCAAACCGAUGUGCGAGUCCUGGAAAGAUAGUGUACCUCUAGAUGGUCCUGAUGAUACUUCAACUGCUUUGCACACUGCUAUUAUCAACUUCCCAAGAGAAAAAGGGAGGAGUCAUUUGAUUAUAGAAUUGAUAAAAUCCCGCAAAAGAGAUAAAAUGUCAUAUUCGGGUUACGAAGCGGUAUUUGAUAAAACUGACCAGAAAUAUGACACUGUCUUAAGCCUGUCAGUUCGAGAAUUUCAAUUUGAAGUGGUUGAGACGAUAUUAGCUGAAGAUCCUGCAUAUAAAAAUGGACGUGUGAGAAAAAGUAAGGAUUUCAUAUUUCUACUCUCCGUAGUUCCCAGGAAGCCGGAAAAGGAGUACACAAAUAUGAUCAACUUACUCAAGAGAAGUUACCAAGCCAAAAAAGACAUUGGGCAUGAAAAUCAGACAGCUCUGCAUACUGCUAUUAUAAAACGCGAUGAAGAUUCUGUACUUAGACUCUUGAAAGACCAUGGUGACGAACUAGCAAGUAAAGCUGACUUUGAACGGUGGACACCCCUGCAUUACGCUGCAUAUUAUGAUUUUGAAUCGGUACUUGAUAAACUACAUGUUGGGUAUAAAGCGGAGGAGUACGAGUCUGCGAACAAAAAAUGGUGGGUACCAACACCACUUCACGUGGCAGCGAGAGAAGGGCACACUUUUACAUUGAUAAAACUUAUGGAACUAUUACCAACUUAUUUAUAUGUCGCUGCUGAUAGCCUUACUCGUCAAAAUAUACUACACUUAGCGGUGCUUGCAAGUGAAAAAGAUAUGGUAGUGCACAUUUUAAAGAAGUGUCCAGAAGAGCAUAUUAAAAAGAUUCUGAAUCAGCAGGAUGUCAACGGUGAUACACCGCUUCAUCUGCUCAUUCGCGACGGUUGUUUUGUUCCAGAACUCAUAAAGCAUGAGAAGGUUGAUAGAACGCUGAAAAACAAACAACAGUGGACUUCUUUCGACAUGUUGUAUUUUAAAGAUCAAAUCGUAGCAGAUCAGGUAAAAAUUAAGAAAGCACUUGAUGAUUUCCAAGCUCAAGAUCAGCAACGGAAUUUUUGGCAAACCUUGAUGUCAUGGCGGGGAAGCAUCAAUAAGAAAUCUAAAAUGCCAAAAAGUUUACUGGCCCCUAGUAGACUGAGGAGAAAAAAUGCUGAAUUUGUGAAAGGCAAGAAAUUGUUGAUAAAAAAAAAUCUUAUGCAAAAGAAGGAUGAGCUUGAUCGGUACAGGCAAAGGACCAACACUCAAAUUAUUGUUACAGCUCUCAUUACUACAGUAGCUUUUACGGUUGGAUUCACGAUGCCUGGCGGAUUAUAUCAAGAUGGGGAUCUGAAAGGAAUGGUAGUACUUUCCAACAAGAAAGCUUUCAUUGCAUUUAUGGUAUGUGAUGCACUAGCUCUCCUACUAUCAACGUCUUCCUUGUUCCUCUACUUUAUCGCUUCCAUGUAUGAAGAUCCCCACAGUGUGUCAAGACUCAAUAAUGCAUCAGCUGGCCUCAACAUCGUUUCUGUUAUCGCCAUGAUGUUAACUUUUAUCACCGGAACUUAUCUGGUGUUAUCCCACUCGCGAGCAUUGGCCAUUACUGUCUGCGUCAUAUCUAGCUUUUUUUUCCUUCUCGUUGUUAUUGGUCUAUUGAUCAAGUGGAGAUACGAUCGAAGACAAGAAAAGCUUAAUGAAGUUUGAAGUGUGUUUACGUUCAUCCUCAUUUUCGAUUUCCAAAUUUAUUUACAGUUCAGAUGUUGUGAGGUUCAAUCUAUAUUCAUGACAUUGUAAGAAUCAUAUGAAUUUAUAAAUUUUUUCUGAAUAGGGUAUCUUUUCUUCC